UCCGGCUUCGGCAUCGUCGCUUGUUUUCGUGUCUUGUGUUACGGUCGGACCGGGACUUUAUUUUCCCUUCCUUGCCCGUUUUGCUCCUGUGUGUGUGAGUGUGUGUAAGUGUGUGUGCGUGUGUGUGUAUGUGUGUGUGUGUUUAAGUGUGUGUGCGCCUUCUGUCGGAAUCUGGUGGAGGUCUGACCAUGGGUCAUCCUCAUCUUCAUCCUCAUCCUCAUCUUCAGCAGCAUCAGCACCAGCGCACUUUACUUUUGUCUGCGCACCGUCGGAUCACGAGGAGAGCGCACUGAAAAAAAAAAAAAAAGAAAAAAAAAACACGACCAUCACACUUCAACAAACUCCUCGGCGUUCUCAUUUCUACCCUGGGAAACUUUUCUCCUUCUUUUUCUUUUAUUUUGAAUAAUUCCUGAUCAUCCAGAGCCUUUGGAAUGGAGACUCCAACUUUGGUGCUGUGGACUGUGGCUCUGCUGUUUGUUGGAGGGGACAUCUUCACCAGGGCCAUGCUGAGUGACAUCGGGGACUAUGUAGGUACAGACAUUGAAAUAUCCUGGUUACCUAAUCUGGAUGAUUUAAUGAAGGGCUAUGCCAGAAAUUUUCGCCCUGGGAUAGGAGGUCCUCCGGUGAACGUUGCCAUGGCUAUCGAGGUUGCCAGCAUCGACCACAUAUCCGAGGCCAACAUGGAAUACACCAUGACCGUGUUUCUGCGGCAGAGCUGGCACGAUGACCGCCUGUCCUACAAUCACACCAACAAGACGCUGGGCUUGGACAGUCGAUUUGUGGACAAGCUGUGGCUGCCCGACACCUUCAUUGUCAACGCCAAAUCUGCCUGGUUCCACGAUGUCACCGUGGAGAACAAGCUGAUCCGCCUGCAGCCCAAUGGCGUCAUUCUGUACAGCAGCCGGAUUACUUCGACCGUGGCGUGUGAUAUGGACCUCACCAAGUACCCGAUGGAUGAACAGGAAUGUAUGCUGGACCUAGAAAGCUACGGUUACUCCUCAGAGGACAUCGUGUAUCACUGGUCAGAAAGUCAAAGACACAUCCACGGCCUGGACAAACUGGAGCUGUCCCAGUUCACCAUCACAGACUAUCGCUUUGUCACUGAGAUGAUGAACUUCAAGUCUGCUGGUCGAUUUCCAAGACUGAGCCUGCGCUUCCAGCUGAGACGUAACCGUGGCGUCUACAUCAUCCAGUCAUACAUGCCUUCAAUACUACUGGUCGCCAUGUCAUGGGUGUCAUUUUGGAUCAGCCAGUCAGCAGUUCCUGCUCGAGUGUCCUUAGGUAUCACCACUGUCCUCACCAUGACCACUCUGAUGGUCAGCGCUCGCUCCUCUCUACCCAGAGCUUCAGCCAUUAAGGCGUUGGACGUCUACUUCUGGAUCUGUUAUGUGUUUGUGUUCGCGGCGCUCAUCGAGUACGCCUUCGCUCACUACAACGCUGACUACAGACUGAAAGAAAAGGCCAAAGUCAAAGCCAGCAAGCUCAGCUCAGAGUCCAUUGUGAAGAACGGAAAACAGGCCAUGGUUCUGUUUUCACUGUCGGUUACGGGAAUGAACCAGGGAGUGAUGAUUUCCAACCGGCAAGGGCGGGCCCAGCGCUCCGGCAGCGAGAUCCCAGGAGAGGGCGGUACCGAGGAGGCGGAGCCCAGGAGGAGAAGGUCCAGGCAGCCGGAGCCGGAGAGCGAGGAGGAGAAAAAGUGCUGCUCCAAGUGCAUCUGCAAACCCAUCGACGCCGACACCAUCGACAUCUACGCCAGGGCCGUGUUUCCCUUCACCUUCGCCGUGGUCAACGUGAUCUACUGGGUGGCGUACACCAUGUGAGGCGGCGGUGGCGGCGGCGCUGGGCCUGUGUGAACGGCUGCCAUCAUGGCUGUAUAUAAAACUGCCAGAGCUGUGCCACUUUAAUGCUGGCAGAAUGGUGCAGCUGAAGUAUACUGCCGGCUUCGGUAAAAAAUCAAAUAAUAUAAAUAAACCAGAAAGAGGGGAUGAGGUGUUACAACCAAUGAAUAUGGAAAUAUGGUAAUUAAUGGAAGUAGAUACAGGUUCAAACGGUGUUAAAGGGACUUUCUAUUUAAAUACAAAUCCACAAACGUACUGAAUAAAGGCAAAGGACUCUGUUGCCUGUUGGAGAAAAAUAUUCCGUGCAGAUUUCCAUGUUAUCCUGUUAUAUGCACUCAGUCAUGGGACACUACACAUCUUCAUGCUUGACCAAACACCUGCAGUAGUGACUCCUAAACUCCCUAAACUCUGCGUACAUGGACAGUUAGCUUCACUAACUCCACGCCUCCAUCUGGACUCAAAUAUCUGUUAUCUCCAACGCCCAAACUAGAGGAUAACAGGAUGAGGUCUACUACUAUUCUGCAUGGCUGACAACUCACCCUUUCCCACGUCACCCCCCCACCCCCUCCCCUCCCUCCCUCGGAUACUCCUUCCAUUUCUCUGUUUGUUUGUUCUUCUUCUUUCUUUCUAAUUCAUUUUUCUUUAAAGGAUACUGUCUGGAGUGUCUUAUCUCCAUUUGCCAGUUCUGCCUGUUUCCUCACCAUUAAAAGAUUUCCACCAC